AUGCCGGUGAAAUGUUGUUUCUACAGGUCACCAGCAACAGACGCAGCGGCGUGGUCGGAGAACAUGGACACGGUUUUAACCAACCAAGCUGGUCUAGACGCCUUCCGAACCUUUCUAAAAUCAGAAUUUAGUGAAGAAAAUGUUGAGUUCUGGCUUGCCUGUGAGGACUUCAAGAAAACAGAGAGUGCGGAAAAAAUUGCUUCCAAAGCCAAGAUGAUUUAUUCUGAAUUCAUUGAGGCCGAUGCCCCUAAAGAGAUUAACAUUGACUUCAGUACCAGGGACCACAUUUCGAAGAACAUUGCGGAGCCAACUCUCAAAUGCUUUGAUGAAGCUCAGAAGUUAAUCUACAGUCUCAUGGCCAAGGAUUCUUUCCCGCGAUUUCUGAAGUCAGAGAUUUAUAAGACACUGGUAAAUAGCAAACAGGUUGGAAAUCAUAAAAAAUGGCUCCCUUUCUUAUAA